CGCUUCUGGGGAGUACAACAUGGCUCACAGGACCAGCCUUUAUUUGGAAACCAUCCCUACUCGAACCAGCACCUGAAGAGACCUACGAUCUGGUCAAUCCGAUCUCAGACGCUGAGAUACGCCCACAAGUUGUGGUUCACAUCACUAAUGUCACUAAGGACAUUCCGAACUCGACACGCUUCGAGCACUUCUCUGACUUUAAUACUCUCAUUAAGGCAGUAGGACACCUACUUCACAUUGCCCGGUCCUUCACUCAAGCUCGACAAGGAGACAACUGCCAUGGGUGGCACAUCUGCCGCAAGAGUCCGACAGAGGAGGAGUUGGAGAAAGCUAAGGAACUAGUUAUCAAGAGUGUGCAACAUGAGUGCUACUCGGAAGAGCUAACGUGCAUCGAAACAUCACUCAACCUUCCUCUCUCCAGCGGUCUGCGGAAGCUGCACCCUUUCCUUGACAGCACUGGAAUCCUGAGAGUCGGAGGUCGCAUCACACAGGCAAAGUUAAGCACAGAUGAAACCAACCCCAUCAUCAUUCCAGGCCGCCACCAUCUGGGAACCCUCAUUGUGCGUCAUCACCACCAGGCCGUGAAACAUCAAGGCAGGCAUUUUACUGAGGGUGCCAUCAGAGCGUCUGGAAUAUGGCUGGUUGGAGCUAAACGAAGCAUCAGUGGUCUGCUCUUCAAAUGUGUGACCUGCAGGAGGCUCCGCGGGAAAACAGAGCACCAACAGAUGUCAGACCUGCCAGCCGAGCGACUACAGGUGGCACCACCUUUUUCCUAUGUGGGAGUCGAUGUUUUCGGGCCUUGGGAGGUGCUUUCCCGCCGCACCAGAGGAGGGCAUGCCAACAGUAAACGUUGGGCUGUGUUGUUCUCGUGUAUGUGCACACGAGCCGUGCACAUCGAGAUCAUCGAAACUAUGAGUGCGAGCAGCUUCAUUAAUGCACUCAGAAGGUUUUUCGCUAUCAGAGGACCUGCAAAGCAACUACGCUCAGACUGCGGUACCAACUUCGUGGGUGCCUGCCGAGAGCUGGAAAUGGAUGGGUCCCACUCCGACCCGCAGAGCGUGGAGAAGUAUCUGGAGACGCAGAAAUGUACCUGGGUAUUUAACCCACCUCACUCAUCUCAUAUGGGCGGCGUGUGGGAGCGGAUGGUCGGAGUUUCACGUCGCAUCCUGGACUGCAUGCUUCUUGAAGAGAAGUCACGUUUAACUCAUGAAGUCCUGACAACCCUCAUGGCUGAAGUCAGCGCCAUCAUCAAUGCAAGGCCUCUCAUUCCUGUAUCUUCUGAUUCAGAAUCUCCUGUCAUCCUUUCUCCCCUGGUACUCCUGACCCAGAAAACUGGAGCUCUUCCACCUCCACCUGGCGACUUCAAGAGAGGAGAACUUCUCAAGGAAGAGUGGAAGCGAGUCCAGAGUUUGGCAGACACAUUUUGGACUAGGUGGCGCCGGGAGUAUUUGAGCACCCUGCAGACGCGGCGGAAAUGGGUAGACAAGAGGCCCAACCUCAAGCAAGGAGACGUGGUCUUAAUGAAAGAUUCUCAAGCGAAGAGGAAUGACUGGCCCACGGCCAUCAUCACAAAGACCCUUCCGAGCCAGGAUGGGUUGGUAAGGAAAGUGGAUCUCCGCGUGAUCAAAGAAGGCAAGCCAAAGGUUUACUCUAGACCUGUUACGGAGGUGGUCCUUCUUCUGUCUCCGGAAGAUUCUUUAGGUUAGUAGGAGUUAUAUGGAGUCUUUUCAAAGACCCCAAGCGGGGAGUGUUCUGGACACUGUGUGGUUUUAUGUUUGUUAAAUCCCCUAGUGGCGUUCGAUGGUAGUGCAGCCCGCCGUAAACAGGAAGUAGCCAUUUUGAAGUGUCAGUCUA